AUGAGCGGGGCGUGUGCAGCGUAUGAUCGGGGCGGUGCAGCGUAUGAGCGGGCGGUGCAGCGUAUGAGCGGCGGUGCAUCGUAUGAGCGGGCGGUGCAGCCGUACGAGCGGGCGGUGCAGCGUAUGAGCGGGCGUGCAGCGCACGAGCGGGCGGUGCAGCGUACGAGCGGGCGGUGCAGCGUACGAGCGGGCGGUGCAGCGUACGAGCGUGCGGUGCAGCGUAUGAGCGGGCGGUGCAGCGUCAUGAGCGGGCGGUGCAGCGUACGAGCGGGCGGUGCAGCGUUACGAGCGGGCGGUGCAGCGUAUGAGCGGGCGGUGCAGCGUAUGAGCGGGCGGGCCUUCGAGCAACAGCCCACGAGUACAUGGCGCUCUUCUUCCUGCAAAUCCCUCAGAACGAGCUUCCAUCUCUCCUCCAACCCUCGCACCUCCACUCCCCCCUCCUGCCACAACCACGGCUUCCCCACCCUCCCUUCCUCCUCUCAUCAACUCCCCAUAACCGCCCCCCCACACCCUCCCAUCCCCCCUUCCUCCCUCCUCCAUCCCUCUCUCCAACCGUCACUCCCCCAUCCCUCCUCACUCCACCUCCCCUUUCUCCAACCAGUCACGUUCUUACCCUCCCAUCUGCCACCGUCCAAUCUUUUACCCUUCUCCACCCCUUCCUCCGUAUCUCCUUCUGCUCUCACCCCAUCCUCUUGCCUCGCUAUCACUUAUCCCAAAGAUGCUGCUGCUGCUGAUCCUGCUACUCCUGCUGCUGCUGCUGAUCCUGCUACUCCUGCUGCUGCUGCUGAUCCUGCUACUCCUGCUGCUGCCGAUCCUGCUAGUGCUGAUGCUGCAGCUGCUCCUGCAGCUGUGGGCUCUCAACGUUUGGCCAUCGUCCCCACAACAACGCACACUUAG